GAAGAGCCGGCCCUGCUCUCGGCAUUAAUAUGAAUCGCCAUACCCGUCGGGUUCUCUCAAUUAGCACCUGGAUCUGCGCCACAGUAUGCCCCCAAAACUAUGGCCUGUCUCAGCUCAGUCUUCGUUGUAAUACAAGCGCGUUCGGACGUGCCUUCGAGUCGGGCCAUUACCAUCCAUCCAUUCCGCGUCCCUUUCAGAUCUACGAGCGAUCUUCGUGCGAAAACCGAAAGUGAAUCGAUUAUCUUGCCUAGUCAUGCCUGCUGCUGCCACACACUCCUCGCGCCUCCUGGCCAUCGUGGCCAUCUUCUUCAGCAGCUACAUUCUGGGCAUCUACAGUGCGGCACGUGCCAGCAGUCAGCAAGUGCAGCAAGUGCAGCAGCUGGAAGCGCCACUUGCCAGCCAAAAUGACAGUCUGGACCUGCAGGCAGGAACCAACUCCAGUCUGGCACGCAGUGACUCACGACAUCCUCGCUGGUUUCCCUUUUACACAAUCGGUCGCUUCUCCAAUGACAUUUGCACGGGCAACAAUCUGCUGCUGGGCACAUGCGUCAUUUCUGGCGAGUGUUCGGACAAUAGCGGAGUGGGCGCCGGCAGUUGCUCCACCAUUACCAGCCAGGCCAUCUGCUGUAUAUAUCAAAGGACAUGCGGCGCGAGCACCUCGUACAACAAUACUUACUUCUACAACAGCAAUUAUCCGGCGCCGUAUGCCGGAGGCGGUCGCUGCUCCAUUGUGGUGACGCCACCGGACUCAAGCAUCUGCCAGCUGCGCGUGGAUUUCCUUGCUCUGUCGCUGGCUCCACCCACGGGUGAUGGAUUGUGCAGCACCGAUGCGCUGACCAUUACGGGCGGUGCCUCACAGGUGCCCAGCAUUUGUGGCGAAAACUCCGGCCAGCAUGUCUACGUGGACUUUAAUGGCGUCAGUCCCAUCACCAUCUCGGUGGCCACCUCAGCGGGCUACACAUUCAAUCGCCAGUGGCAGCUCCAGAUACGAAUGCUGGGCUGCUCGUCGGCCACGUUGGCGCCUUCCGGUUGCCUGCAGUACUAUAUGCCCACCAGUGGCACGUUCGCCAGCUUCAAUUACGUGUCCGCUGCCUCCUCCGCUCUGAACUCGAUUGGGGUGCAGGGCACGCGGCAGCUGGCAAACACCAGAUACGGCAUCUGCAUACGCAAGGCGGCUGGCAUCUGUUCCAUCACCUACAGACAGGUCGGCUCCGACACAUACUCCUUUACGCUGACCAACGAUGUGGGCGCCGUGGAUCCCGCACUGCUGGCCACAUCCUCCGUGCAGAGUCAGGACUGCACCACCGACUACAUUGUCAUUCCAGCACCCACGCAGGGAGGCGUUUCGUUGGCCAGCGAUCGUUUCUGCGGCCUCGGACUGGUGUCCACCACAACUUCAGCAAAACCUUUUGUUGUCUACACGGUGACCGAUGGCAAUGAGGAUAUGGACAUAUCGAAUCGAGGCUUCUACUUGUCCUAUUCACAGAAUGCAUGUCCAAUUUUAUAGCUUAAC